CUAAGAUAAGAAAACUGAAGCAGAAGAAUAAUGGAGAUGUCAUCAUCCUCAAUGAAGAGAGAAGAAGCUGAUGAUAAUAAGAGAAGAAUCACUCUUUACAACCCCUGCUAUUUACUUGAAGAAGCACUCAAUGCUCUUCUCAAGUGUCUUGGUUUUGAGACAACUACUACUGCUGCUGAAAACAAGAAAAAAGAGGAGAAAAAUGUUCAUCUGAAACCUCAUUCAGAUGCAGAUCUUGGCGAUGAUGAUGAUAUUUCAACCCCACAAAUCUGUGAGUGUGAUACCAACAUGAAUGCAAGUUACCAACAAGAUGAAGAUCCACCUUCUUCAACUUCUCAAGAUGACAUUACUACUGAUUCAAGUUUGGCUGCAAGGCGGCGGCCUGUUGGUGAUGGAAGGCCGGGACUUAGCGGUGGCUCAGGUCCCCAGCAUAAUUAAUGUGUUACAAAUUUAUUUAAUUAAGUUAUAGCUAUUUUAAUUAGUUUUUCAUAUAGUAUAGCUUUGUGAG